AUGGAAACAGUCCUAACUGGACCCAAAUGGCAUGAAGCUCAAAUGGCGCAAAGUCCAGGUGGCAAGGAGAGCCUACCAACCAGUACCACAAAUGGUCCUAACAGGACCCAAGUGGCACAAAGUCCCAGUGACAUUAAUCCAAAGUGUCAUGAAGCCCAAGCAGCAAGGAUAGCCUGCCAACUACCCACUGGCUGCUCUGAAAAGCCAUCUUUGCAUUGUUCCUGUGUCUGCCUCUCAACUCGCUGCAGCCACCUCCGCCGCGCGCCUCCUCAGUCGCCGCAGACUCCGGCAGCGUUUUUGCCAGAGUCCUCGAACUCUCGCUUUUUUUUUUUUAAUCCGCUGCAUAGGAUCACCGGCGUGCCCACCACGUCAGACGCGGCCGUGGAUACCAGCUCCGCGAUCACCACCAAGGACCUAAAGGAGAAGAAGGAAGUUAUGGAGGAGGCAGAGAAUGGAAGAGAUGCACCUGCUAAUGGCAACGCUAAUGAGGAAAAUGGGGAGCAGGAGGCUGGCAAUGAGGUAGAUGAAGAAGAGGAAGAAGGAGGGGAGGAGGAGGAAGAGGAGGAGGAAGGUGAUGGUGAGGAGGAGGAUGGAGAUGAAGAUGAGGAGGCUGAAGCAGCUACGGGCAAACGGGCAGCUGAAGAUGACGAGGAUGACAAUGUUGACACCAAGAAGCAGAAGACCGAUGAGGAUGACUAGACAGCAAAAAAGGAAAAGUUAAACUUAAAAAAGGCCAUCGUGACCUAUUCACCCUCCACUUCCCGUCUCAGAAUCUAAACGUGGUCACCUUCAAGUAGAGAGUCCCGCCCGCCCACCGCAGGCAGCGCCACCCGCAGACGACACACGCUCUCCACACCCAACCAAAACCACAAUGUGAAUUUGCAACA